ACGUAUUAGCCGCAACGUUUCUGCAAAGGGAAAUCUACCAAUCACAAUAUGCACAAGUGACCUUCAGAAGCUCAACCUCUUCUUUUCACGUGUGAUAUUUAAUACAGCGUUAUUAUUUGGUUGUGCGUGGCGUUUAAAAAAUUAUAGAACGUGAAGACGUGAAUGUACUGUAGCAGCAUUAAUCGGAGUCACUUAUCGUAUGCUGUAAAGUGGUGAUCCAACUUAUAUACGUCGAUAUCGAAACAAUUUCUGGGUUAUUUACAUUCUAACCCUAAAUAACCUGGGCAUGAAUAAAGCAAAGAAAACCUUUAUCUUUAUUCCAUCUGAAUUAACUGAAUAUCAUAUAUGGAGAAAUGUGUUGAAAUCAAAUUCUACUGUCUAUUUAUUGGGUUAUACACUACCUUGUAAUGUGCACAAUUCAACUAACGAGAAUAAUAAUAAUGAGGUGGUAUUAAUCUUGGGGUUUUAUAAUUUACCAUCGACUGAGAAUAAUCAAAUAUGUCCAUAUUGUUAUACACGGAUUUAUUCUGAGGAUCGUUUACAUAUUUGUGCACGAAGUUUGAGGAAAUAUAAAUUUGAAAGUUCAUACAUUAAGAAAUACAACCCUCUGUCGGAUAAUUACAAUAAUGCAUCAAACAUAUGGAUCAGUAUAGAUAUGAACACACUACCAUCCUCAUUGAAACAUGGUAUUAUGAUGAAAUAUGCUAGGGGAUUUAAUUACCCAGUCGAUAAAUCAUCGUCUGAAGGCGAUUCAUUCAAUCGAUGGAUGUGCAGUAUUAUGCAAAAUGAAAUUGGUCAGCCGUUAAAUCACCUGAUUCAAUGGUUGAAUAAAUCUUCCGGGGGUACUGAUGAUGGUGGUGACUGGCCUUCUUCUAUUCAACAUCAACAUAAAGUAGUAAAUUGUCAACCAGAGAGGAGACACUUCCUUCCAACUACUUCAAUAAUGCAAUGUUGCACAAAAAUUAUCAAUAAAUGUGUCAAUUUCAGUUAUACCCUGUCUCUAAUUAAAUACCAUUUUGAUACAGCUAAGUCACCGCCACCGUCGUCAUCUUCUAUAACAUCCUCGGUGAAGAAGUGUUCAACGAAUCUUUUGAAGAACAAUAAUGACAGUAAUAAUAAUAGUAUACAACAGAAGAAGGAAAAGGAUAAUGUCAGUGUUGAUUCCUCAACGCGAAGUAUCCGUCCGUAUCAUGUGUCAUGUUUAAUCCCAGAUGCUAGUCUAAGCAUGAUCGGUGCUAUCCAAUUAUUGAUCCUAGUUUUAUGCUUAAUUACAGUUCCAUACAAAAGUACCAAUAAUCACAAUCACAGCUCUCAUUAUUAUAACUACGAUGAUAAUGAAAUAGGGAAUGAUAUGGGGAAUAAGAGAAAAUGUUGCAUACAAGAAUCACCACCAUCACCAACACCAUCGCCGACGCGUCAAUCUCCAUCGUCUCCUCCUCCCCGUCGUUGUUGUCGUGAAUAUACCACUUCAAGUCUUUCACUUUUACCAUCAUUUCUUCAUACUACUACUAACAGAGAUGACAGUAGUAGCCCUGUGAACUGGUUACCGAAUGAUUUAAAUUGUAAAAUUAUUCCAACAUUGGGAUUAUUUUAUUUAGAUGAAGAAGAAGAGAAUUACACAUCAAAAUUAUCUCCAUCAUCGUCAUCAUCGCUGACAGUAGUAUCCUCAUCGUCAUCUUGGUUUUCAGCACUGGCAUCGACUUAUCUACCUGCUUUAAUCUUGUAUAAUUCUACAAAUGAAAUUACCAAGUAUGUGGCGUCAUCAGGAAAAAUUGAAGAUCGUUGUUGUUGGAUGAAUUUCUUGUAUCGAUGUGUUGAAUAUUUCACCUGUGAAUUAACCCGCUUGCUACUUUGGCUUGAAAGUGGUAAACCAGCUGGAUUAAAAAUGAAUCUCCAUUUGGCUCACUUAAUGGGACAAUUUUUUCUUUAUCAUAUAUUAGCCUGGCGUUCAUAUGUCACUUUUAUUAUCUAUAUACUAUUUAUUCAUGUAUUAAGUAUAUUACAACAAUUCACUGAGGUGGAUACAUUCAAUGUCUAUUUUCUGGCCAAUUUAACAACGAUAAUUUGUUUAAUAUUUAGUACAGUUUAUUUAUUGGCAACGACACCAACAAUGUCAACAUCGACAACAGUCUCUAAUGGAAGUGGACAGAGCGUAAUCUGCUUACCGCUAAUCAUCAGAGUAUUCGUGAUCUACUUUUCAAUAAUAUUACGUUUAAUGCUUGCCUUACUAACCUGUCUACUAUUGGAUAUUAUUGAAUUAAUUACGCUACAUUUGACGAGUUUUUAUAUCUAUGCUACACACCUUCUUCGAUUACAAUUAAGAACAAUAUCUGCUUCAUGGCGUCUAUGCCGUAAUAGUUCUAAAUGGAAUCCAUUACGUCAUCGUGUUGAUAAAAUACCUGAUAUGUAUAUCGAUCCAAAUGAAGUCCUCUUAUCGAUUAGUUCAUUACAAAAGAAAAUUUCUCUGUCAUCAUCAUUAGCAUCGUUAUAUUCAGCACCUUCAUCAUCGCCGUCAUCAUCAUCAUCAUCGCGUGGAGAAGAUUAUGGACAGGAAAAGAAGUCAUAUGUGGGAGACGACGGCGAACAGGUGGUGGUGCAGGGGACAAAGAAGUCGUCAGAACAACGUGUUGUUGUUGUUGUUCAAAACAAAAAGAAGAGAGGUGGAGAAGAAGAAGAAGAUACGCUGUAUAAAUUUGUCACAAAUAAACAAAAUUCUGAUAUGUUAUUCGAUCAAUUGACGAGACAAAAAUGUGGUGUCUACCUUGAUCGUUUAUUGGUGUCGACUUUAUUAGGUCUUGGUAUUGGUUUGUGUUUAUUCUCGACGACAAUAGCAUUUUAUAUUACCUUUACAUGUAUCCAGUUAUUUUUAUUACUUGUAAAGAAUAUUUUAAAAUGUACAGUCUGGUUUAUUAUGGACUUUCCAUUGGAAUCAAUCGUGUUAUGGACAUGUAAUAGUCCCUACUAUAAAACUAAACUAAUUAUAGAAGCGCCUAAAAUGAACUCGAAGCAUUUCAAGUGUUUACGAUUGAAACUGACAAGAAUCGAUUUCCAUGAAAUGUAUGCUGAAAGUCAUCUAGUACGGAAAGCCUUGUUUUCAAAAGGUUUAUCCUUCAGAGAAUUAGUCCAUCGUGUGAUAUGUGCAGAAGAUAUUCGAUAGAGAGAGAGAGAGAGGAGAAGAAGGGGAAAUCAAUAAACCUGAGGAAGCAGUCCACUUGACACUAUGUUCUCAUCAUCCGCUGUGUCGAUUACCUGAAAUGAAUUUUAGGUGUAGAUAUUUAUUUACAACAAGACUCUAGGACAUUUUAAUCGAAAUCUCCAAAUGUCGAUUGUAAUGAAACGUCGUUUUCAAGCAAACGUAUUUAGUGUACAUUAUACAAAAAAAGGAGUGUGAUCAAUCUCUCAGUCUCUCUCCUUGUCUCUCACUGCCUUUUUGGUAACUUGCCUUCCGAUUUCGACUCCAUCUGAGUGUAUAAUCAUCCAUAUUAGUGGUGAUUUGAGUCGGUCUUUUCUUUCACUUACUUGAUUUCCAGCUUAUGAAGUGUAAUUUUGUCGAGUUGUGUCAUGUAAUCUUAUAAGCUGUCUGAAGAGUGUUGAAUUAUUUAUUAUCUGUCUGUUUAUUGUUUUCUGUCUUUUCCUCCUCCUCGUCCUCAACCCACCCCGCCCCGCCCCCUUUCGAUUUCUCAAACUCAAACUGGAAAUUUCGAUACUCACAUGUUUGGAAUAAAUGCUUUCUAUGUAUAAGAAAUUUUCGCCUUUCAAUCCCCCCCUCCACCCCCUCCCCCCUGUGUUUAUCAUUGACCAUUGUCAUUUCAAGUUGAUCUGUGCAACUGACUGACUGAUGGAUGAUGUGAUCCGCAUUGUAUGAAAUACAAAGUGAUGCUAUUUCAUUUUGCAAUUGUGAGAAACUGUGAUGUUUCUUUUUCUAUACUAAAAUAAUCAAUAAUAAUGUUUGGUUAUUGAUUUUUUUAUUUACAUUUUUAUUGUAUAUAUACAUGUAUUAUUUUUUCUGGUCGUCAUUCUUAUUUAUUGAUUUACUUUCUAUGCGUUUUAAUUUUUGCAUAAAUUACAUAUAUAUGUGUGUGUGUUACGUAAUUGUAGUUAUUGUGUAAAUACAUUUAUUCCUUGUUUACA